UGCAGUUACGGAUUGAAACAAUCAGGAGAAAACGAGUGGUUGGAACACGAGUAAUCGAGUAACAGAUAAUUGUAAAGUUAUUUUAAAAUGCCAGUGUAAAAGUGCAGCAUUAUUGCUUUAUAUUCAUUACAGACAUAGUGUUUUGGAGCAUAAAUUGACGUCUUGUUCUGUGGAAUUGCUGGCCAACUCUGGCUAAAAAUGUCCCAGUUUGUGUUUGAGAAUGACCUGCAAAGUGUUCUUAAACUGGACAUGCCCAUAACAAAUGCGCCGAUGCCAAGGUGGCAGCGGAAGGCAAGUUCUUCGUCAGGAUCCGGAUCAACCUCUUCCAGCACCAGUACCACUAGCCUUACGCCUGCGAAGGCUGGAAACAAAGCACUAAGCACAUCCAAGACCCCUGGAAAAACGCCAGGCAAAAACCCUAAGGCGCAGAACACCCCUUCUAAAGCAGGGGGUGACCGAUAUAUUCCCAGCAGAAACAAGCAGCAGUUGGAGGUGGCUAGCUUCCUGCUAAGUAAAGAGAAUGAGCCAUGCCACACCACACCCACAGAAAAGGACCACCGGAAAGCAUGGUCUAUGAACCUCAAUGGCUAUGAUCUCGAUGAGGCAAAGAUUCUGCAUUUGGGUGGCAAGCCCAUGAAUGCACCUGAAGGCUACCAGAAUAAUCUCAAAGUUCUCUACAGUCAGAAGACCACGCCUGUCUCAACCAAAAAAACCACUCGAUAUAUGUCCUCUGUACCAGACAAAAUCCUGGAUGCUCCUGAAAUAAGAAAUGAUUUUUAUCUGAACCUUAUUGACUGGAGCAGUCAGAAUCACGUGGCUGUAGCUCUACACAACAAUGUGUACCUGUGGAAUGCUGCUACAGGUGACAUUGUCUUGCUGAUGCAGGUGGAAAGUGAAGAACACAUCUCCUCUGUCUCUUGGAUCAAAGAAGGGAACUUUCUGGCAGUGGGUGCAAGUGAUGCAAAAGUACAGCUCUGGGAUGUUGAAUCGCAGAAACGUCUGCGUAACAUGGCAAGCCACACCUCACGAGUGGCUUCCCUAAGCUGGAAUAACCAUAUCCUAUCAAGUGGGGCAAGAUCUGGGCACAUUCAUCACCACGAUGUCAGGGUGGCUGAACACCAUGUAGCUACUCUUUCUGGGCACUCGCAGGAGGUGUGUGGUCUGAAGUGGUCUCCUGAUGGAAAGUACCUGGCCAGCGGUGCCAAUGACAACCUGGUCUAUGUGUGGCCAAAUGUCCAAGAAAGCAGAGAUUCCACUCCAGUACAUUGCUUUACGCAGCACCAGGGGGCAGUCAAGGCCUUAGCCUGGUGCCCAUGGCAGACUAACAUACUUGCUAGUGGAGGUGGAACCAGCGAUAGACACAUUCGUAUCUGGAAUGUGUCAUCCGGCUCUUGUUUAAGUUCGCUAGAUACAGAAUCGCAGGUCUGUUCAUUGGUCUUUGCACCAAACUACAAGGAACUUGUCUCUGGACAUGGUUAUGCCCAGAAUCAGCUAGUUCUCUGGAAAUACCCCUCAAUGGUUAAAGUUGCAGAACUAAGAGGACACCAGGGCAGAGUUCUCAAUCUGGCACUGAGUCCUGAUGGUUCAACAGUCGUGUCGGCAGCAGCUGAUGAAACUCUGCGUUUCUGGAAGUGUUGUGCAGUGGAUCCUGCUAAGAAGGAAAAGACGGCCCCUAAAUCCACCAGCAUUAUUCACCAGGGCAUUCGAUGACGUGUCUGCCUGUUUUACUUCACAGAAAUAAUGUAAACUAUUGACUUUUUGUGCACUUGCAUAUACUGAUUAUCAAUGUUAAAUUGUCACUUCUGCUUUUUUAAAAUAAAGUUUAAUUUUGUGUUA